AUGCCUUUAAAUUCAGGAUUGGCUCCAUCUUGGCAAGUGUUGAACAUUUUGCGUUUUUUCCUCGGACUUUUCAUCGGGGGAGCUCUGGUUACACUUGGAACAUUUGUAACGGAAUUACUACUUCCGGAACAACGCAUGGUUAUGCGAGGAGUGUUCAACUGGGGAAUUGCUCGAAUAAUACUCACAAUCACCUGUAUGCUGUUUCCUGAAUGGAGAGCUGCUAGCAUAGCUUGUGCUCUCAUACUCAUUCCUGCAAUCCUUUGCAUUUUCUUUGUUUUUCCAGAGAGUCCAACUUGGUUGCACAAUAAGGGUCGCAUAGAGGAAAUGUAUGAUGCGGAACGCUACAUAGCUCAUUUCGCUGGAGUGAAGUAUGAACCUGUCGAGCACAAAAGCAUUGAACAUGUAAAGACACUCUUCGAAAUGUUGCAAACACCAGGACUUUUCCGACGAUUAGCCGUAUUGUGGAUGAUGUGGUUCGUCGCUGCAUUUUGUGCAUAUGGGAAUGAUCUUAACUCAAACACCAUCUACGGAAAUUUAUUUGUGAAUCAGAUCCUCUUCGCUGUGCUCAUCACUAUUUCGAAAUGGGUUCUCCUAGCAGUCGAUACUCUGUUCCCAACGUUCAGCCGCCGAACACUUCAUCAGGGUGCUCAGUCUGUGGUGUGCGUCUGCUUCCUAGUCCUCAGUGUCCUUACAAUGCAGCAUUAUAAGGGAGUUGGUAUCCUGGUGAUAAAUCUCAUCGGCAGCGUUUUCAUCGAAUACACGUGGGAUGCGUGCUUCUUGUGUGCUGUAGAGUCGCUCGAGACGUCGUGUCGCGGCAGCGGCACUGGCAGUUGCUCGUUAAUGGCGCGUAUUGGCGCCAUAUCUGCACCUUUCCUCACAUACAUGAACAAUUUUUGGCCUCCUUCUGUGUAUUUUAGUGUUUUCGUGCUAGGAACAACUAAUCUCAUGAUCUCUUACAAUUUUCUGAUUGAGACUAAAGGUGUAGAUCUUGACAAUGUCGAAACAAAAGUGGUCGAGCAGAAUAGAGACGCUUUGCUCAUGGAGCCAUCUACGAGCGAAAUUGACGUUAGUCCAGGCAGUGAAAUUCUUGUCGAUGAGCGCAGUGAUUGA